CCCGCGAAAGCCUCAGGUCACCUGACGGUUUUGGCGCGGAUUUUUUUAUAUAGUUCUUCGCCCGCCGCCUAUUUUGCCUGCCGAGAAGGGGAUUCGCCUGAGGGAUCGAGCCAUGUCCUCGCCAGCGUCCACACCGAGCCGCCGCGGCAGUAAACGCCAAAGGGGGGCAGCCGGCCGGGGAGACAGUGGGACCCCCAACCCUCCUACGCCUGCUUCUGAAGAUAUACAGUCCCCUCCAUCACAGCGACGUCGCCCAGAUGAUUCCACAUCCACAGGAGAUUUGCAGCCAAUGCCAACCUCUCCACUGAUUGGCACACAAAGCCCAAAUGCUCAAGUCACACUGUUUUCUAGUCCACCACAAUUCCAACAUUCAGUUCCACUGGACUUUGAUGUGAGUUCACCACUGACCUAUGGCACUCCCAGUUCUAGAGUAGAUGCAACCCCAAGGAGUGGUGUGCGAGGAACUCCAGUUCGACAGAGGGCCGAUCUUGGUUCUGUCCGCAAAGCAAGACAGGUGGAUCUGCAUUCUGAUAUGCCUACAGCAGAGGAUGCGGCAAGUGAACAAUCACUUGAACAAAAGCUUGUGAUUUGGGGAACAGAUGUCAAUGUGGCCUCAUGCAAAGAAAAGUUCCAGAGAUUUCUUCAGCGUUUCAUUGAUCCGACAGCUAAAGAAGAAAAUAUUGGAUUGGAUGUUAAUGAGCCUCUGUAUAUGCAGCGACUAGAGGAGAUAAGCUUGGUUGGGGAACCAUUUUUGAAUGUAAACUGUGACCAUCUGAAAUCAUUUGAUAAAAAUCUGUAUAGACAGCUGAUAUGCUAUCCCCAGGAAGUCAUUCCUACAUUUGACAUGGCUGCUAAUGAAAUCUUCUUUGACCGCUAUCCUCACUCAAUACUGGAACAUCAAAUUCAAGUUAGACCAUAUAAUGCGUUAAAAACCAGAAACAUGAGGAGCCUAAACCCAGAAGACAUUGACCAGCUUAUCACUAUAAGUGGCAUGGUGAUCAGAAGCUCACAGUUAAUUCCAGAAAUGCAAGAAGCUUUUUUCAAGUGUCAGGUCUGUGCAUUCACAACAAGAGUAGAAAUUGAUCGUGGCAGGAUUGCUGAGCCAUCCACCUGCAAGAAUUGCAACACCACACAUAGUAUGGCUUUGAUUCAUAAUCGCUCCCUGUUCUCAGAUAAACAAAUGAUCAAACUGCAGGAGUCUCCAGAGGAUAUGCCAGCUGGCCAGACACCAUACACCAUUGUACUUUUUGCUCACAAUGAUCUAGUGGAUAAAGUUCAGCCUGGUGAUAGAGUAAAUGUUACGGGUAUAUACAGAGCAGUCCCUGUCCGUGUCAUUCCAAGAAUGAGCACUGUAAGAUCUGUCUAUAAGACACACAUUGAUGUUAUUCAUUACUGUAAAACGGACUCAAAACGUUUACGUGGUUUUGAAGACGGAACAGAGGAGAAAAUGUUUACAGAGGAACGAGAGAAAAUGCUUCAGGAGCUUUCCAGAAAGCCAGAUAUUUAUGACAGACUUUCUUCAGCACUUGCUCCAAGUAUUUAUGAGCAUGAAGAUAUUAAGAAGGGUAUUCUUCUUCAGCUAUUUGGAGGCUCAAGGAAAGAUUUCAGCCACACUGGCAGAGGAAACUUUCGUGCUGAGAUCAACAUUCUGCUCUGUGGAGAUCCUGGUACCAGCAAGUCACAGUUGCUCCAUUAUGUCUACAGUCUGGUUCCAAGAGGCCAGUAUACAUCUGGGAAAGGCUCUAGUGCCGUUGGUCUUACAGCAUAUGUAAUGAAAGAUCCUGAAACAAGGCAAUUAGUUCUGCAGACUGGAGCCUUGGUCCUCAGUGACAAUGGGAUUUGCUGUAUCGAUGAGUUUGAUAAAAUGAAUGAAAGCACAAGAUCAGUGCUUCAUGAAGUCAUGGAACAGCAAACCCUGUCUAUUGCAAAGGCUGGAAUUAUUUGCCAGUUGAAUGCUCGUACCUCGAUUCUAGCAGCUGCAAAUCCAAUAGAAUCCCAGUGGAAUCCAAAGAAAACUACUAUUGAAAACAUACAGCUUCCCCAUACCUUGUUGUCCAGGUUUGAUCUCAUUUUCCUUAUGCUGGAUCCUCGCGAUGAAGCCUAUGACAGACGUUUGGCUCACCACUUGGUUGCAUUAUACUAUCAAACUGAAGAGCAGAUGGAAGAGGAGUACAUGGAUAUGGCAGUAUUAAGAGAUUAUAUUGCUUAUGCUCGUGCCUAUGUCAAUCCAAGAUUGAGUGAAGAAGCAAGUCAAGCUCUCAUUGGGGCAUACGUUGAAAUGAGAAAGAUUGGAAGUGGUAGAGGAAUGGUUUCUGCCUAUCCUCGGCAAUUGGAGUCUUUGAUUCGUUUGGCAGAAGCUCAUGCUAAAGUCCGUUUUUCUACUAAGGUGGAAACGAUAGAUGUAGAAGAAGCUAAACGUCUUCAUCGUGAGGCUCUGAAACAGUCUGCUACUGAUCCAAGGACUGGAAUUGUGGAUAUAUCUAUUCUCACUACAGGAAUGAGUGCCACUGCACGUAAACGCAAAGAAGAAUUGGCUCAAGCUUUGAAGAAGCUUAUUCAGUCCAAGGGUAAAACACCAGCUCUGAGAUACCAACAGCUCUUUGAAGAUCUUCGUGCACAGUCUGAAACAGCUGUCACUAAAGAAAUGUUUGAAGAAGCACUUCAUGCAUUGGCUGAUGAUGACUUCUUGACUGUGACUGGGAAGACAGUUAGAUUGCUCUGAAUAAGGCCCAAACUUUAUCAUAAUGUAAUUGUAAAACUUGUUUUCUUUAUGUCAGUUGACUUCAGUACAAGUGUUGUAUGUAAUUUAAAGACACCAUCUCUUAGAAACUAACUAGUGUCAAUGGUCAAAAGUAGGACCAGCAUUUCAUAUAAUUUCUAUACAUUUAAAAACUUUCAAUACUAGUUCUAUUUGAAUACAAAUUCAGUUAUGUAUAUUUGUCUGUAUGAAGAUUUUGUUUGUAAUAAACUACUAUCAGCA